CGACGCAGUACGAUGAGUUGUCCAGGGCCCUUGCCAUUCUGGUAAUACUCGCUGCGCUGUUGAGGUAUAAAGGGCGGACCUGGGCAACAUGGUUUGUGUAGAACUGGCCUCCUCUGCUCAGUCGGCUUGACAACCCUCAUCACCCUCCUCAUCCUCAGAUAACGCUUCCUUCGCUGCUAGACGAUGUACGCGAAGAUGACGCCCCCAAGCUCUCGGGUUGCUGCUCAGUUCAACGAGAUCGUUGGUAUCAUCACCAACGUCGAACGCAACCACUGUACACUCGCUCAUUUCGCGACGCCGGAGCAGAAGCGCGGACGUGCGGCAUUCCUGUAUAAGCAGGCUGCCAGUGUAUUCGACAAACUCAAACGAGACAUGAGUUCGGAAGAGAAGGCGAGGUGGAGAGCGCUCCAGAAUCGUGUCGACCUCUUGAAGGAUGACAACGCGGUGGACUACGCAAACGCCUCAGACGAGCUCUGGCGAUUCACGGUCCGCAUGUCAAGGAGCGCCUUUGAGCAUCACAGUCUCUACCUGAACCCUCCGAGAUCCAAAGCCAAGACUGACGCUCGGUCACCCCUCGGCAAAGGGAAUAUGUCUGCCACAAAGGUUCCUCAGGCUGCGACGUAUCCUGCCAGGACCAUGGCCCCGCGGGUGCCACCUCUGAUGGCAAUGCCAGUCCCACCGCCUCUCUGGUAUUACUCUCCCCGACGGCCCCGCCAUAUGCCGCUGGCCUACCCACCUCCGUGGGUGCCUACCUGGGUGCCCUCGGCAUCGCCAAUAUGGUAUCCCAUUCCGAUUGCACAGUACUAUUGAUCGUGAAUCGUGUGGGCAGUAGUGGAGGAGCUCCGGCGCUGACAUGAUCCAUUCGCGGUCAACGGUUCACGAUACAUCGAGCCUAGAUGUGGCGUGUCUUGCAACGAAAGCGUCCUUCCGUCUGACUAGGCUUCAAUGCGUGGGCCACGCCUCGCCGUCGAGCGAUACAUCAAGGAUUGGGCGACUGGAUACUUCGGUGUAAACCUUGGCGUUACC